AGCUUACCGUAAAAGAAGACAAAUCAUUACCCCCUCUCUCUCUCCUAUACCUUUACACCCUCCAUUUCCCCUCUCAUUUCAAUUCAAAUUCAUCAAUACCCAACGGCUACUUCUUCUCGCUCAAAACCCUAAUCUUCUUCAUCUUCACCUUCUCCAUUUCAAAAAAAUGAAGCAUUUUGCGCAACAGAGAAACACAAUCUUAAGGGAGAAUCACGAGUCUGCAGCUACAAUGCCGUCAUCAUCUCCAAGCCCUAGCUCUUCAAAGCUGAAACCCUCAACAUCACCCAACAACAGUAGUAGUACUAACAGGAAGCAUAACAAAUCAUCUAAAGAGAAUGCUCCUCCUCCGACCAAUCACCCGUCAGAUCCGAACUCAUUGCAAGCCGUUAAUGCGAAGACCAAGAGUCCUCUACCUCCACGCCCGCCGCCUAACUCCAAUCAUUUGAAACGGAAGCUCAAUUUGGAGUCCGUUGGUACUGAGAAUGGCAACGCUGGAUCUUCUGAUUCCGGCGUCAAGGUCAUAGUGAGGAUGAGGCCGCCAACCAAGGAUGAGGAAGAGGUAGAAGUUGUAGCCCAGAAGGUCUCCAAUGAUUCUUUGUCAAUAGCUGGGCAUACUUUUACAUUUGACUCUAUUGCAGAUACCCAAUCAACACAGCUUGAUAUAUACCAGCAUGUGGGAGCUCCUCUUGUUGAAAAUUGUCUUGCUGGGUUUAACAGCUCAGUAUUUGCUUAUGGGCAGACUGGUAGUGGAAAGACAUAUACAAUUUGGGGACCAGCCAACGCCUUGUUGGAAGAAAACUUAACCAAUGAUCAACAGGGCUUAGCCCCACGCGUUUUUCAGCAGCUUUUCGAACGUAUUAAGGAGGAACAAUCCAAGCAUGCCGAUAAGCAGCUCAUGUAUCUGUGUCAAUGUUCUUUUCUUGAGAUAUACAAUGAACAGAUCACUGAUUUGUUGGAUCCUAGUCAAAGAAACCUCCAGAUUAGGGAAGAUGUAAGAACAGGAGUUUAUGUGGAAAAUUUGACUGAGGAAUGUGUGUCCACGAUGAAGGAUGUGACAAAGCUUUUGAUGAAGGGACUGUCAAACAGGAGAACUGGUGCUACUAGUAUAAAUGCUGAGAGUUCACGUUCUCACAGUGUAUUCACCUGUGUUGUUGAAUCACGAUGCAAGAGCUUGGCAGAUGGUCUAAGCCACCUAAAGAGGAGUAGAAUAAAUCUUGUUGAUCUUGCUGGAUCAGAAAGGCAAAAGCUAACUGGUGCAGCAGGUGAACGCCUGAAGGAAGCAGGGAACAUCAACAGAUCGCUUUCACAGUUGGGGAACUUAAUAAACAUUCUUGCAGAAGUUUCUCAAACGGGCAAGCAUAGGCACAUCCCCUAUAGAGAUUCCAAGUUGACAUUUUUGCUACAGGAAUCUCUCGGUGGGAACGCAAAGCUUGCAAUGAUCUGUGCCGUUUCUCCAUCUCAAAGUUGUAAGAGUGAGACUUUCAGUACACUGAGAUUUGCCCAGCGUGCUAAGGCAAUCAAGAAUAAGGCGGUCAUCAAUGAAGAAAUGCAAGAUGAUGUAAAUGCUUUGAGAGAAGUUAUACGUCAGCUAAGGGAGGAACUGCUAAGAAUGAAGGCAAAUGGCUAUCAGGCAGAUCAAAAUGGAAAUUAUUCAUCAGGAUGGAGUGUUCGCAGAAGCUUAAAUCAAUUAAAAUUCAGCCUUAACCGUCCAGUGACACUACCUAUUGAUGAUGACGGUGAUACAGAAAUGGAAAUUGUGGACGAAGCCGAACUAUUAGGUCUCUUGUCUGGAGGCAGCAAAGAAAAUAGUAUACUUGGGAUCCUGCGGAAGACUUUUUCAAAAGGUUCAUCGCUACUUGAUUCUGCAGUACAGCAUGGGGAAAAGGAGAAUGGCUGCAACAAGGAGCAAGGCUCCGAGGAUACGGAUGUUACCAUGGAGGAAGAGGUAUCUGAUGCAGUUGUCGAGCAUGAAAAUGAUACUGCUGAUGGUGCUGGACUGCAGAACAUCAAGAAGAGUUUAAUCGUGGAUGAGUCGUUUUGCAAAGGUAGCAUAGGAGAAACUGUUGAAGCUGUUUUGGAUCGUUCAUUAGUGAAACAGCUAGGUAAAGAUUUUUCUAUGAAGCCAACUGAAGAGGAGUAUCUUCUGUCUUCUGCCAGCAAUAUGCUGAAUGAAGGACGACGGGAAGUGGUAGAGGACUCACCAUCAGAGCAAUAUUCUGAACGGACUCCAGAGAACUCUUCUAAAUGCUUGGAGGGCAAUACAGCCUGCACUAACCUCAGUGUAGUUCCAUGUGAUGUGUCGCCUAUUUUAGACUCUCCCACUCCAAGUGUUUCACCAAGAGCUACUAGCAGUCGGAAAAGUCUUAGGACUUCAGUGCUGAGUGCUUCAAAGAAGGAUCUUGGAGAAAAAUUGGAAACCCCGAACAUAUCCUUCACAAAGCCUUCAAACAGUAUUUGUUUGGAUUCUCUAACAAGUCAAAGAAACAAAAGCUGUUUCACAUCAACUGAACAUUUGGCAGCUAGUCUUCAGCGGGGACUUGAAAUUAUUAAUACUAAUCGACAAAGUACAUCUUUGAGGCGCUCCUCGGUCAGAUUUUCUUGCAAGCCUGCUGAUAUUAGUGCAAUUAUACCAGUUGCUAAAAUAGAUGUUGGAGUUCAAACUGUUAUAAAAGAUGAUGAAUCAUUUGAAGGAGGUUCGACAUUUUUGUGUAGUAAAUGUAAGGCAAGAAAUUCAUUGCAAGAGCUUAAAGAUGCCGAUGAUGGCUCAAAUUUGCAGUUGGUACCUGUCAAUGGAUCACAGUUGGUAUCUGAAAUUGGAUCACAGUCCUGUGGAAACUUCCAGAUUCAAGUGCCUAAAGCAGUAGAAAAGGUCUUGGCUGGAGCUAUACGGAGAGAGAUGGCACUUGAAGAUAUAUGUGCCAAGCAAACUUCUGAGAUCAUGCAACUCAAUCGUUUGAUCCAGCAAUACAAACAUGAACGAGAAUGCAAUGCUAUAAUUAGCCAGACACGUGAAGAUAAGAUCAUUCGCCUUGAGAGUUAUAUGGAUGGAGUUUUACCAAAGGAGGAGUUCAUGGAGGAUGAGUUGUUGGCACUGAUUCAUGAGCAUAAGCUUCUGAAGGCAAAGUAUGAGAAUCAUCCUGAAGUUUUAAGUGCCAGACUUGAACUAAGAAGAGUUCAAGAGGAGCUGGAGCGGUAUCAUAAUUUCUUUGAAUUAGAUGAGAGAGAUGUGUUGCUGGAGGAGAUUAAGGAUUUGAGGAGCCAGCUACAGUUUUACCUGGACUUUUCACCAAAGUCAUCUAGGAAAGGAAAUUCUCUUCUACAAUUAACUUUUCCAUGUGAGCCCAGUGUGCCUCCAACUUUAUCCACGAUUCCAGUGUCAGAUGAAGAGAGUUCUGAACAGAGACUUGAAAGGGAGAGAAUUCAGUGGACUGAAACAGAGAGUAAGUGGAUUUCUCUGGUAGAAGAGUUGAGGUUGGACCUACAAGCUAGCCGCACCUUGUCUGAAAAACGAAAACAAGAACUAGAUUUGGAAACAAAAUGCUCGGAAGAGCUGAAAGAAGCAAUGCAGAGGGCAAUGCAGGGCCAUGCACGCAUGAUUGAACAGUAUGCUGAACUUGAGGAGAGACAUAUUCAACUGCUUGCGAGGCACAGGAAGGUCCAAGUUGGCAUAGAAGAUGUUAAAAAAGCAGCUGCAAAGGCAGGAGUUAGAGGUUCUGAAUCAAAAUUCAUAAAUGCACUUGCUGCAGAAAUUUCAGCUCUGAAAGUGGAGAGGGAAAAGGAAAGGCGCUACUUUAGGGAUGAAAACAAGGAGCUUCAGAACCAACUCAGGGAUACUGCUGAAGCUGUACAAGCUGCUGGUGAAUUGCUAGCACGGCUUAAAGAAGCAGAAGAAGCUAUUGCAGCUGCAGAGAAACGAGCCAUUUAUGCGGAGCAAGAAGCUAAUGAAGCUUACAAACAGAUUGAUAAACUGAAGAAAAAACAUGAGAAAGAGAUCACCAAUUUGAAUCAGUUACCAAAAGAACCCCAUUUACCUAAAGAUACAUCAGAACCCGUAUAUGAUGACCCCGAGACAGGUGAUCAGCGAUGGAGAGAAGAGUUUGAGCCAUUCUACCAUACUAAAGAGGAGGACUUACCAAAAUUUGGUGACCCCUCUUCUUGGUUCUCCGGGUAUGAUAGGUGCAAUGUAUAGACAGGAAACGCAUCAUAGAUUGUUGUUGUAUGCAUUGAUAAUAGUGUAAUGUAUAGUUUGGGAAGCUGUUGUUUUUUCCUCAAAAUUAAUGAUAGUGAUUGUCUAAACCAAUUGUGAAAAAUA